AAUAGCUAGCACAUGCACCUCGCAAUGCAUAGCUAGGCCUUGAAAUCACCCCCUCUUUUCCUUGUGAUCAAUUUUCAAUAUCUCAUCUUCUCGAUCUCAAAUGGAAGUGAAGAAAGAAUUCAGAUUGGAGCGCUUUGGGAGUUUUGAAGCCGCACCCUGCACACUGACAGGGAAGGAUGCCAUUGUCGUACCCCAAAGAAAAUUUGGCAGCAAAGUCUCAAGCAUAGCUCAAGAUAACCAAGAUGAGGAUGGAAUUAGUCUACGUAAAAUAAAAAGCUUGGAUAAAAAAUUAGAAUCACCGGCUGGGAGAGCAAUUCGGAAAACAAAGUCAUUAAGUGCUCAGUUCUUAAUAAAUAUAGAUGAGCUGAUAAACAAUGAUGCAGGAAGCCAUGAUCGGACUGGUUCCAUUCGCAGCAGGGCUUCUAGCAAUGGCAUAGGCUAUUCUUUCUCCCUUGCAGGAGCCAUAUUGCCUUCAGAAGACACCUCAGAUGUCUUGAGAAUACAAAUUCCAUCUUACAAAGAGAAUGAAAAUGAUGAUGAUGAAGCAGAUUCAUGCAGGUGGAAGAAAAUAAAUUUUGAACCUAUCCUACCAAUAUAUCUCAAGUUCCAAGAUCUCAAGUACAAGGUACCAGUGAAAGGUGUGGAAAGGUCAGAUGCAGAGAACUACAUUCUUCAUGGAAUCACUGGCUCAGUAAAUCCAGGAGAAGUUCUUGCUCUAAUGGGACCAUCUGGAGGGGGUAAAACAACUCUACUUAAUCUCCUUAGUGGAAGAGUCAAAUUUAAAAGUGGUACCAUCACUUACAAUGACCAGCCAUACACCAAGCCCUUAAGAAGAAGGACCGGAUUUGUGAUGCAAGAUGAUGUUGUGUUACCCCACCUUACAGUCAAAGAAACUCUUACAUAUGCUGCUCUACUCCGUCUUCCUAACACCUUCACUAGAGAACAGAAAAAGAAAAGGGCCAUGAAUGUCAUCAGCGAGCUAGGCCUUGAUAGAUGCCAAGAUACAUUAAUUGGUGGCACAUUUGUAAGAGGGGUUUCUGGUGGUGAGAGAAAAAGGGUCUGUAUUGGCAAUGAAAUCCUCCUCAACCCAUCACUACUCUUCUUAGAUGAACCAACAUCAGGUCUGGACUCAACAACAGCAUUCCGGAUAGGUCAGAUACUGCAGAACAUUGCAAAGGGUGGCAAGACAGUGGUGACUACAAUCCAUCAGCCGUCAAGUAGGCUCUUUAGCAAGUUUGACAAACUGAUUCUUUUGGGUAGAGGAAACUCCUUGUACUUUGGAAGAGCCUCUGAAGCAAUGAUGUAUUUCUCCUCCAUUGGUUGUGCUCCACUUAUAGCUAUGAACCCGGCAGAGUUUCUGAUUGAUCUUGCAAAUGGGAACGUAAAUGACAAAUCUGUCCCAUCAGAGCUGGAGGAUAAGUUCUUAACUGGAAGCAAAAGACUUGAAUCAAAACAUGGAGUUGGAAGACUUUCCCCUGUUGAUGUCCAUGAGUUUCUUGUGGAGGCCUAUGAAGCAAGGCUGGCAAAAAUGGAGAAAACAGAGCUCCAAAAACCUUUACUUACAGAGGGUGAGCCUGGAAUGGAGGCCAGGCCAAAUUCAAGGGACUGGGAGACACCUUGGUGGGAACAGUUCUCAAUUCUUUUCAGGAGGGGCGUUAAGGAGAGACGCCAUGAAUACUUAAGCAGUAUGCGACUAGCCCAAGUAAUUUCCACUGCUCUAAUCAUUGGGCUCCUUUGGUGGCACUCAGAUUCUUCAACUCCUGAGAGACUUCAAGAUCAGGCAGGGCUUCUGUUUUUCAUGUCAGUAUUCUGGGGCUUCUUUCCUUUAUUCACUGCCAUCUUCAUAUUCCCACAAGAGAGAGUCAUGCUAGCUAAAGAAAGAUCAGUUGGAAUGUACAAACUCAGUGCAUACCUUUUAGGCAGAACCAGUAGUGAUCUUCCUUCGGAUCUCCUACUGCCUAUAGUGUUCCUGGUGAUAGUUUAUUUCAUGGUGGGAUUGAAGCUUAGCUUUGCCGCAUUUUCUCUGACCUUGCUUACAAUUUUCCUCAGCAUUGUGGCUGCUCAGGGUCUGGGACUGGCAAUAGGUGCAGCGUUUAUGGAUGUGAAGAAAGCCACAACACUAGCUUCAAUUGUUGUUAUGACCUUUAUGUUAUCUGGGGGAUUCUUUGUCCAGAAAGUCCCACCAUUUAUGUCAUGGAUACGCUACGCCUCAUUCAACUAUCACACGUACAGGCUACUCCUAAAAAUUCAAUAUGGUUGCUCAGGAUCAUCAGUGUCUGGAUCAUCAUCUUCUUGCGACUCUCCUUUCAUCAGAGGAUUAAGACUUGACCAAGGUGAUCAAAUGGAAGUCGGAGCUAUGAUGACGAUGAUUAUUGUGUAUAGGCUACUUGCCUACUUAUUCCUACGGAGAAUAUGCUAAGACAUUAUAAGUCUAUCAACAAUAUCCAAGGCCAAAGUUGAAGACAUCAACUUGAUCUGCUACAGAAGAAAGGAUUUCAUCUACCGCUAUUUUUCCUAAUGAUGAUCCUUAUUGUAAGGCCUCAUAUAUAGGCUUUCAAUGAUUUAGUUUAUUCCUAACAAAAAUAAAUUAUCUUG